GUCAACUUCUUUGACGAUUUGCUAACUAGGCGCCAACUCAGCGCACACGUCAGCACCAAAUAAGUCAAAAGUGACACGUCACAAUUAAAAAUUAUUUAAUAAUUACAUAUCAUAAUUUAAUAAAAUAAUUACUUUAAUUUCCCCAAAUUUCUUCAUCUCCCCAACUCCCUCUCAUCUCUGGCUAUCAAUUCUCCCUCUCUGGAUCCCAAAUUAUCACACCUCCGUUUGAUUUCCUUCUCCUCCGCCUUCACUGCUUUCCGUCUCUUCUCCACCUCGAGCUCACUGGCUCUAACCCUAAUCCUUCUUUCCUCGAUAUAGUUCCCUAGCGUCUCGAGUUGCUCCUCUUUCCCGGAGCUCUCUGACCCCUAUUCUUUUGAGAAUCAAAUCCAUUGAUUAACGAACCAAAUGACCAGCGAACCCUGCUUCUCCAUAUCUGAUCUGCCCUCUCUGGUUCUUGUUCUCCGACGAACAAAACCCAGCUCCUCCUACCGCUCCGACUGCGCCAAACCCAGGAUUCUGAUUGCUUUGCCAUCUCUAGUUCAUGGGGUUGUGUUUGGAUUCCAAACCCUCAUAGUGAUUAGCGCUGUCGGUGGCGGCGCUUGGAUGUCAGGGAGGAAGCUCGACCAGAAACCGAGGAAGAAGAUGAGAAGAGGUUUCCUUGGAGAGUGACUGUGAAGAGGAAGUGCCUUUGAGAGAGAUGGUGAAAAUGAAGAAAAUGAAGGUUCUGGAUUUUUCCAGAUCCGCAAUUUGGAUAGAGGUUAUGGGUAAGCCAUUCUACUUCUGGGUUCAUCAGCGGUUUUUCCAUCUGCGAAGUGAGCAAUUGCGCACAAAUCCGCGAAGUGAGCGCUGAAGAAUUUCACCGACAUUAGUGGUGGUUUUUUCUUCUCGUUCGCUCUCUAAUUCAAUUUUCCUGUCUUCCCAAAUCAGUGUUUCAAAAUCGAUUGGAAUCAAAAUUCGUUGAGUCAAAUGAUGAAGCAGAGGGAAGGGAGGCUGAUUACAUCGACGUCGGGCAAAAAUCUCCAGAUCUGAAGAUACCGGCGCUGUGUUGUUGACUCCUGGGUUUGAAGUCGUCGGAGUGGUAGGAGGAAGAUGCCAACAGGAGGAGGAGGAGGAGGAGGAGGAGGAUGUUGGGUUUGAUUGCAGGUCUUGGAUUUAAAUUUAAGUACCGAAAUGGGCGGUGUGGAAGGAAGGAAGUAUGAAGACGAGGAUGGGUUGAGUGACCAGUGCGGUAGCCGGAAAGACUGGCCGGGAAGGGAGGACGUUUUGGGACGAUGAUGGUGGGAUAUCAAUCGCCAUUAUUGGGAAGCAAAGAGAGAGAAGGUUUUCGGUGGAGAGAGGGAAAGCGAGAUGAGAUGAGCGACGACUGGGUCUGGGUAAAGGAAGGGAAAGAACAUAGAGGGCAGAGAGUAAAUAAAAAAAUGUUUAAUAAUUUAUUUUUAUUUUUGUAUUAAUUCCACCUCAUAUUGGUAUUGACCAAAAAAUUGACAAGUCAGCUUUUCCGUUAAUACAGUCAGCAUGUUAGAUAACACCGUUAAAGUAUUGGGUGGAAGUGACUAUUUUUGGUAUUUCUCCAAAAGUGGCUAUAUUGGGUUAAACCGUCAAAGUUUUGGCUAUACAAAUGUAUUUUGCCCAAAAACAUUUGGUGUCUACACUCUUACAUAAGUCUCUUUCAGUGUAUCUCACUAAACAAUCAUUAGAAAACUAGUUGCCAGUUUUAAUUGGAAACUUGUUUUUAAUAUAACUCAAAGCUGAAAAUGUUAUUUCUACACUGCAAGUGGUAGAAUCAAAACUAGUGCAAUUG